AUGUCAUCAUUCUUCACCACCCCAAAGUCGCAAAGGAAGCGUAAGCGCGAACAAGUAAGUCAACUAGAAAGUUCCAAAAAAUCUAGGGCGACCAAUGUCAAGUCGAAGAAACCUAGUCAAGAAAGAGAUAAAUCUAUUUCGGGAAGUGAAGACGAGGUGGAGGAUUCAAAGGCAGACGCAAUAGAUGAAGGGGAGGAAGGAUCGUCCUCCGAAGACGAGACAGCAGCUGAACGCCGUCUCCGUCUUGCCGAGCAAUACCUCGAGAAGAUAAAAGGGGACGUUCAAGAAGAUGUGGGCUUCAAUGCGGAGGACGUAGACCGCGAUCUUAUCGCCGAACGACUCCAAGAAGAUGUCGCAGAGACAAAAGGACGCCUGUACAAGCAUAUUGCCUCCGACUUUGACUUCCCACGCGCAAACAAAGUGGACUUCCGCAUGAAAACCGCCUCAGUGACCGGCAUCGCCGUCUGUCCUCCGUACGCCUACACCGUCUCCAAGGACGGUUGUAUCACAAAGUGGCAGCUUCCUCCCCCUUCAUUCCAAAGGAAUCCAAAUAAAAGCCCAAAGAAGCCCCUGAAACCCAGCCGUCGCCGACCAACACACAUCGCGCACAUAAGUCCUUCGAGAAAGACCGAUAAAAACACGCCCCACCGCACCGCCUCCAUACUCGCUGUCGCCGCCUCCUCCACAGGGAAAUACAUUGCCACCGGCUCCCUCGACCACAAAUUGACCCUAUACAACUCCUCCCUUGAGCCCCUUAAAUCCUUCUCCCAUCACCGUGACUCCAUCACAUCCCUCAUAUUCCGACAGGGUACGAACCAACUGUUUUCCGCGAGUAGAGACCGGACGGUCAAAGUGUGGGCAGCGGAUGAAAGGGCGUACGUGGAGACACUGUUUGGACAUCAGGACGAGAUCGUAGGAGUUGGGGCAACCUAUGCGGUGUGGGAGCCAGGGAUCGGACUGCGAGAGUGUGGAAAGUGGUGGAAGAGACGCAAUUGGUGUUUCGUGGAGGGGGGGGGGGGGAAGAAGGCCCCGAGUAAAGGCGUGGAUGGAGCUGGCAACAGAAGUGAGGAGGUCAAGACGUUUGCUGAAGGAUCGAUUGAUUGCAUUGCCAUUGUUGAUAAUGAGACCUUCGUCACAGGUUCCGACAACGGCUCGCUAUGCUUGUGGAGUCUGCAGAAGAAGAAGCCGGUCUUUGUCCUCCCUCUAGCUCAUGGACUGGAGGAGCCGAUGAGAUACAACGAGGCGUCGGCAGAGCUCCAUCUGGGACCAAAUUUCAAAUUGCCAGAGUGUCAGCCAAGGUGGAUUACAGCGCUCAAAGCGCUGCCGUUGAGUGAUUUGAUCGUUAGUGGUAGCUGGGACGGGUGGAUCAGAGUGUGGAAAGUUGGGAAGGGCAAGCGAGCUCUGGAGCCUCUGGGGGCGCUAGGCCGCGUUGAGACCGAUGAUGUAGAGUCUGGUUCGAUGAUCAAAGGCGUUGUGAAUGAUGUUGAAAUAUUCGAGCAAGGAGAAAGGGGAAAGGAAGGGUUGUCUAUUGUUGCUGCUGUGGGAAAGGAGCAUAGACUAGGGCGAUGGCGAAGAGCUGAAGGAAAGAAUGGUGCUGUCAUGUGGGAGGUUUCCAGGAAGUGGAUCAAGAAGGGAAAGACAGCGAAGGCAACCGAAGAAGAUACCCACGAAAAGAGCGGAAAUACUUUAGACAUGACAGACAUGACAGACAUGGCUUGA